AUGUCGACUUUUAUACGUGAAACAAUGACUCCAAUCAACAACACCUCUAACAAUACCUCCAACAAUACACUCCAUACCACUCCGAAAGAGAACCCACAUGAUUACAAUCCCAUUGUAACCUCAAUUGCAAACUCAAUUGCAAACUCAAAUUCCUCCUCAACCCUUAAUAUGCCCUCACCUCCUUUGUCUCCAUAUACUAGGAAUAGUUGUGAGGAAAUUGAUAUCCCAAACUUGUUAUUCCCAAGACCUUCCAAACCGAUCGUUAGUGACUUGAGGUAUUUGGAUGGGGGGUCACUGGCUAAUAAACCAUUGGAUGGAUUACAACUUCAAUCAAAUCCAAGCAUUGACAAAUGUACUCUAACGUCCCUAAAUAAUACGCCCAUUCUUGAUGCUCAAUUGCACAACCCACCACCUGACCGUUUUAGUGCUGAACAAUUGGGCGAUCCAAUCGAAAAAGAAACAAAUAAUAAGAGUGAGAAAGUUGAUGAGACGAAUGAAGUUGCCGAUGAAAAGGAGAACGGAAAUAUCGAUGAUGCCUCUCCCCUUCUUAUAAAUCCAUAUAGAGAAAUCAAUAGACCAGGAUUCAAGAAAUUCCAAUUUGACUUUCUAUCGGAAUACCAAUUCAAAAAUCUAAACUCCUAUUCAUCCUAUACCACCUCUUCUAACUUGAAGUACUCCUCUUUACCUUCGACCACUAGAUCUACUCCUCGCCAUCAUUAUGAUUCUCUAAAAUCACAGUCCAAUUAUAAUUCCCUCUCAGACUCAGACGUUGAGAAACCUCGGACUCGAAGGUUUGUCCGUCAAAAUAGAUUCGAAUUAGAAUCGGUGGAUACGAAUGCAGACACGAUUUCGAGGCCUUCUACUCCAAUAAGAAAGAAGAGCCAAUUUUCAAACUCAUCUCCAGCCACUCCAAAGAGACAACGCACCUCAACACCUAUAUCCUAUAAUUAUGAUUACAAGAAAAUUGAAGAUUUCUGUCCACCUUUGGAUACUUUGCCUCCUAAUAAUACCAAAUGUCUUCGGACUGAUUGGAAAGGCCAGUCGAUGGACUUAUCGUCGGAUCCUUUGGUUAGUGAAUUGCACCCGGCGGAAGUGGUUUUAGCUUCAAUCCUAAGGUUACCUUGUGCUGUCUAUCUCGACUCCAAAAGAAGAAUCUUCCAAGAAAAAGUGAAGAGAAUGAAAUUGAACUUGCCAUUCCGGAGAACGGAUGCACAGAAAUCUUGCAAAAUUGAUGUCAACAAGGCAAGUCGUUUGUAUGCUUCCUUUGAGAAAGUUGGCUGGUUUGAUGAGAAACAUUUUCAAAAAUUUAUGUGA